AUGUCAGAAAUCCCAGACAAUGAAAUAGAUGAAAUAGAUGAAACUAGAAAUUUGCAGAAAAAUAUAAGGAUGAGUGAGUCAAAAGUUGGAAAAACACAAUUCGUUAAAAUUACUAAGGGACCGACUCGAAAAUCUCUUAUAAGUUUUGUUCAAAGCGAAGCGUUUGAUGAUUUUUCUGAAAGAGUUGAUUUUAUGGUUUCAUUUACUUCUUUACCAAAACAAGGACCACGUCAAAGCGACAACAUCGAUGUAAUUGUAAAGCAUUUGGAUAAGUUAUGUUUAAAACCUGAAAGAGAUCGCCAUCAGCUACAUUUAAACAGAAUAAGGGCUUUAAAGCUUAUAAAACAGUUCAUUAGGACAGGACAAGGGGAUACAGUCUUGGAGAAUCCUGCGUGUCAUUUAAUAUGGGCCAUGUUUUUGUGUAUGCAUCACUUUCAUGUUCGUCUAAAAACUACAAGUGGAUUAAUAUCAUAUUUAAGAAGAGAAGUGUUGGAACGUGUUUACUGCAUCAUCUGCAUCUAUUGUUGCCAAUUACCCAGUGGAAGCACAGCAGCGUCAGUUUGUUGUCUUGCAAUGGGCAUUCAAAACCACGCACUGGCAGACAAAGAUAAAAUGUCAUUUGAACAUCAAUCGUACUUACAUGCCAUGGCGAUAAGUCUACUGAGUUUAGUUUGCCACAUUCACAAAGCUGAUCAUUUUUAUAAUUACGUUAACAAAGUUAUUUACAAUCGUGCCAAAAUGGCGAAUCAUAUGCUGCCCCCCUUAAAAGUUGCUUGCGAAUAUCCAAGGCAUCUGGUGCUAAGUAAUUCUUCCGAGUUUCUUUUGGAUAAAUGGGAGAUCAGGUAUGGAUUGUGGAAAUCAUUUAGGAUUAAGGGUAAAAAGUAUGAAAAUGAGUUUGCUAAAUUUGCUUUUAAUACUCUUCAAUAA